GUCCGCAAACGAAUGACAACAAAAGAGACAGAGACAGUGUGUGUAUAUUUGAGAGUGAGUUUUUUCGUCAAAGUUUAUACUUUUUUCCAUUGUGUUGCCGCCGCGAAUAACGUUGCAUCAGAGUGGUGAAAGUGUCGAAGAAUAUGAAGAGAAGAAAUGCCGAGUGCGGCAAGCUCCGGAGGCCCUUGAAACGCAACAAGAUCACCGAAGGAAUUUACGGAAGCACUUUACUUUACUUAAAGUUUCUUCUACUAUGGGCUAUGGUGAUAUUAGCAGACUUCAUUUUAGAAUUUCGUUUUGAAUUUUUGUGGCCAUUUUGGCUGCUUCUUCGAAGUGUUUACGAUUCUUUUAAAUAUCAAGGCUUGGCCUUCUCUGUAUUUUUUAUUUGUAUUGCACUCACAUCAGACAUGAUUUGCUUCUUUUUCAUCCCAGUACACUGGCUUUUCUUUGCCGCCAGUACAUACGUUUGGGUGCAGUAUGUUUGGCACACAGACAAAGGUGUUUGCCUGCCAACUGUGAUGCUGUGGCUACUGUUUCUUUAUAUAGAGGCAGCAGUUCGAUUAAGAGACCUACGACAUAUGCCAUUUCAUUUAGAUCUUUGUAGGCCAUUUGCUGCUCAUUGUAUUGGUUAUCCAGUAGUUACAUUAGGCUUCGGUUUUAAAAGUUAUGUAGGCUACAGAAUGAGACAGAGAAAGCAAAAAGAUGUUGCAAAAGAAAAUGAUUUCUACGUGCAACUGUUACAACAGGCAUUGCCUGUUGAACAACAAGCAGCAAAUAUUCAACAAAUUCAACCCCAAGUACAGUUACAAGCACAGCUUGUAGCGACGCCUUUAGAUCAUUCAAAAUCACAAUCUCAUAGGACAAAUUCGCAGUACAAUCACAGUCCCGAAAAAAGUAGAGGUAGAGCCGGUGGCUCGACAACGGAAACGAGCUUACAAAACGGCGGCAUUCACAAUGGAACACAGACUAUGUCACAAGCACAAAAUUCAGCCACAAAAAAUAUACACAGAAAAUCGCUUGAUAAGGGAGAAAAGUCUGAGGAUCAACACAAUAAACACAAUAGUAAUGUCUCACAGUCUGAAAAAAAUGACAAGAGAUUUAUGCACAUAAAUGGUUCAACAGUACCUUCAAACGACUUGCAAUUUAUCGAGAGAAUUGGAUCGGUUAAUGAUUUUGACAUAAACGAAGUGGAGAAAGAUAAAUCGUUAAAGGGUGGUAAUAGUCAUAAUUCAGUGAAAACACAAUCAAAUGGUUCGGCAAAUGGAAAAUGGAAUAAUGUCAAAGAAAAUCGUGACUCAUCGACGACGAAUAAUCAACGUGAACGUAAAGGUCGUCAAUCGAAAGUCACAAGUGACAUUAUUUCAGAAAACCAAAAGCAACAAGACGAAUAUUGCCAGAGGUUACUAGUUUGUCGUAAGCUUGAAGCUGACGUGAAACGUUUAAAAUCAGACUUACAAGCAAGUAGACAAACCGAACAAGAGCUUCGUUCACAAAUUAACACAUUGUUGAGUGGAGAAAGACAAACGAAAGGCGAUUUACAACAGUUACAACAUGAUAAUGAUCAGUUGCAAAGCAAGUUACACGGAUUAGUAACUGCUCGUCAAAUGGAUAGACAGACAAUGUCCACUUUAGAAAAAAGAAUUGCCGAGGAACGAAGGCAGCGUAGUGCAUGCGAAGUGUCAUUAGCUUCGGAAAGAAGGGCUCGAAGAGCCGCCGAAGAAGCUAGAUCCGCAGUACCACCACCUCCACCUCCAUUGAUUCGUCAGGAAUGCACCGAUGUUUGUAAAUCUCGUAGAACACAACUCGAGCAAGAUGUGAAAAGCUUGCGAAGAGACAUUAAGUCGAAAGACGAUAGGUACAGUUCUUUGGAAAAGGAAGUAUCGCGGUGUAAGGAAAAUCAUGGAGAGACAGAAAUCUUGCUGGGUGCGCUAAGCGCUUUGCAAGAAAAAAAUACUCAUCUGGAGAACAGCUUGAGUGCUGAGACUCGUAUUAAACUUGAUCUUUUUUCCGCUCUUGGUGAAGCUAAACGUCAACUCGAAAUCAAAGAGAGUAUGAUUAGAAAUCAAGAGAAAGAAGUUGAGUUACUAAAGGCGAAAAUUGCCCAAGACUUGGCUGUUAUGCCACAGGACACAUUUGGAUCGGCAUCAAGCUGCACGACGUCGAAACUCCGUCUUGGUAAUGAUGUUCGAGUUGGUACGAAACUACGUGCAAGUGAUAGUUCCUGUCCGGGAUGCACAGUUUCAAAUCUCGAUCCCAAUGCAACAGCGUACACACCUAAAGGCUCGUUAAUAGCAUCUACGGAAGCUUAAAAAAGAAAAGAAAAGAGAAAAUCACUCACAAUGAAAGAAAACUAGAAAAACAGCUUCCUAAAAUUCCUUGUGUGGAAUUUUGCGCACUUUUAAGAAAAAACAAAUUCAAAUUUUGUCCCUUUUGGGUCAAUCUCCCCUUCGCCCCUCGCCCACCCCCUUUUACUUUGUACCUAAAAUUAUACUCGAAUCUCGAGAUAUAUUUGUUUCAUCUUAAUUCGUGUGAAACUCGAGAUAACACACAAUUCUUGAGGUUUUCAUUCUAAUUUAUUAUGAAAACAAAAAAAGAAAUGCUCUCAAAAAGUGCGCUUUGCCUCUCGAGAUAUAAAAAAAAAAUCUACCAAAAUGGCUAAGAGAAAAAGGAUCUUCAAUAGAUUCCUAAAUUUCCGGUGAAUUUUUUUUCCCACUUAUAAGUGGCUUCAAAAAAAAAAGAAAAUUCAUAUGCUGUGAGUUAUUCUUGUAAGAUUCGUCUCUUCUUUUUAUUUCCAUGGAAAACAUGUUUUUCCAGACAUUUAUUCUUCUUUCUUGUUCAGUGUUUGGGAAAUCACUUAAAAAUAAAAUCCCCACAUUGUCAAAAAAAAAAAAUACUCACAAAAUGAGAGAUUAAUGGAAUUAUUUUUUUGCUGGUUCAAAAUGAAAUUCUUUUUCUUUAGAAAAUUGAGAAUUAUUUUUCAAAUGGAAUUUAAUCUUCAUUAAAAAUGAAGAGAAAUCUUAAUUAUUGAAUAGACAUAAAAUGUCAUCUAAUUUCAAUUUGAAAAAUUAAUGAGAGGUUCUUUUUUUUAAUUAUUGUCUACAAUUCUAAUUUAGGAUUUCUUUUUAAAUUUAAUUUUGUAUACAUUUUAAUAUGUAACAAAAUUCUCCUUGUAAAUUUGAAUGAACGAUUUCAAAUCGUCGUCAACUGAUUCUUGACAAUUUACUCACAGCAUAUGUUCAUUUGCAUAUUUUGCGACUUGUUUUUAAAAAAAGAAAAUUAAUUCAAGUCGCACUUCGAAGCUAGUCCAUCGUAUAAAAUAAUAUUAAAAAAAAAAAAAAACAAUCAAUGGCGGGUCAAGCCAUUUCAGUUCAUUUUAACAUCAUUAAAAGCCAUCUCUACACAUAUGAAAAAAAGGAGGAGUUCAUCGUUCGCAAAGAAACAGGAUUUAGGCUUCUUGUUCUCAUUGUUAUCGUUCCACUCACAACGUCUCAAUUCAGUCGUAACUGUCUCGCUCGCUUUUCUUUUAACCCACUUUUGUUACGAAUUUUCAUUAUUCACUGGCGUAUUGAAUUUUUUUUUCAUCUUCAUGACUGUAAAAAAAAAAUAUUGAAUUUUUAAAACGUUUUGAAAAUAAUCUUAUGGAAAAGAUUUAAAAAGAAAAAAUUUUUUUCUAAUUUUUUUUUUUUUUUUUGAAAACUGACGAAAAACGUUUUAUCGCAAAAGAAAAUUAGAUGAAAAUAUGUUUAAAACAGAAAAAUUUGAAUUUCAUUAUAAGAAAUUCAGUGAUAAAUAAAACGAAAUAAAGGGGAAAAAAAAUUCAAGAACCAGUAAUAGAAAAAAUCAUCGACUAGACAUCAUUUCAUAAAUGUAAAUACACGGCAUUGUCAUGACAAUUAACUUAUUACGUGUUGUAAUGGCAGUAACAGCCGACUAGUCAGAAGAAUGAGGUUCUGUGAGCACAAAUAUAAUUAGAUGUUUAGUAAAUGUAUCUCCUUUUUCCAAAAAAAAAAUUCUUUUUCUGAGUCGAUAUCUUCGCUACAAAACUUUUUCUUUUUGUUAAAAACAAAAUUGAAAAGAUUAUUAGGAUUAAUUUUGUUCAAAAUAAAUAAUUAAGGAUUUCGAUUUUGAAAAAAAAUAUGUGAUUUGUGCUCACAAUUGCGCACUUUUUUUUACUUGUAUGGUCGAUUAAAUAAGACUUAUAAUUUAAACAAAAUGAAAAAAAAAAUUAUCUUCUAAGCUGAAAGGCAAAAAGAGAGAGAAAGAAAGAGAGUGAUUUGCGUGUCAAAGUCGUUCAUUAUACAAGGUUGUUAUUUUUAAUCUAUUUAUUGACUAAGAAAUCGUUCUUAAUUAGUUUCGCCAAAUGCUAAGACCUUUGAUUUUGAAGCUAUCGUUUCUUUUUUUUCUUUUUAUUUACCAUUAUGAAACGUAAGAAAAAUUCAUCUAAAACUGUAAAGCAUUCAAGUAAUUUAUGUACCUGAAUUUUUUUUCUUAAAUUGCUUACAGUAACUUUUUUUUUUCUUCGGAUCGAUUUAAAAAACGAGCUUUCAGUUUUGACAAAAAACAAAAACUUAGGAAAUAAAUGUAAUCCUAUAUUUAUUAAGAAAAUUUAACGAAACAAAAAGAUUUAGUUUCGAGCAGUGAUAAAAUAAAGCUUUUUUUUUCUUUAAGAAAAAAAUUCAGGUCGGUUUACGAAACUGACAAUUAAUUUAAUUAAUUAAAAUAAAAAACCGACAUUAUUGUUUGACAAUUAAGUUUCUAAAAUUUUAUCGUUUCAAGGAUAUAAAAUUUAUCCCAGUAUCGUUAAAACUCAAUUUUAUCUUUUCAAUUUGAAAAAUUUGAAGAUAAAAACAGUUUUUGAAAAUAUUAUGGUACAAUUAGAAUUUUAAUGUUUAAAAAAAAAAUUUUUUUUAUCGGUAAAAUUUGAAUUUAUUUUGAAAAAUUAAAAAAAUUUUAUAUGAAAGCCAAAUAAAUUUUGAAAAAAAGUAUUAUUUAUUUGAAUCUCUUAAUAAUAAGUGUAUACUCUUAGUAUAAUUAUUCUUGAUUUGAAUUUUUCUUAAUUAGACUUAUUAAUUUAUUUUCGAUUCGAAAUUUUUUUCAAUUCAAAUUAUUCAUAAUUUUCGAAUGUUUUAUUAAAAUAAUAAUUUUAAUUUUUACUCAAAUUCAAAUAAUUGAAAUUGAAUAAUUUUUUGGAAAUUGAAAAGUAUAUGUAGGGAAUUUAAUAUACAUAAUUUGAUUAAAAAAAGCUCAUGUUUAAAUCGAGAUUAUUUUUUUUUCCUCUAAUUUUUAGCUUCAAGAAAAAAAAGUCUUAGCGAAGCUAUUUAAUCGUACUUAGUCGAUUAAAACGUUCGUUUGUGAUAUUUUUUUAUCUACGAUAUAUAAAUAUAUAAUUACAUUAAUCCUGCCUUUUGUAAUUUUGCAAAAAGAAAAAAAAAUGUGGGACGUUUUAUUUUUAAUUUAUAAUUAAUUAUUAUUAUUUUUUUUUUUUUGAUAAAUUCUUUUCGAUAAGUUCAAUUUUUCUUUAUAUCUAUUCCAGUACUUUUUUUUUGCUAUUCAAGCGACGUUCUUUUUAUACAUUUUAUUGUUGUAUAAAAAAAGCGAUUUUUUCGCGAGGAGGGUACUUAAUAUUUUUUUCUUUUUUUACUCUACAAACAAUCUCUAUAUACUUGUUGUCUUUUUAUUAAUAUGUUAAUUAAUAUAAUUCAUCUCUAGAUAGUUCAAAGGUUAGCACAAAUUUGUUGGUAAAACGGUUUUUAUCCGAUACCUGCUUCCCAUUCUCGAAAGACUACAAAUAUUACGACAAGUAUAUCUAUAUUAUUAUAGGAAUUAGUUAUUUAUCUCAUGAAUCAAAUAUUUAUAAAUAAUUGUCAAAUACUUUUUUUAGUUCAUCAUUGAUGACAAUAAAAGUUUAAUUAAAUGAUUGUUGUACUUGCGAGAACAGAUUAAGAAAUUCUGGACUUUGGGGUAACAUAAUAGUGAAUACAAGGAAUUUUUUCUCAAAAAAGUAUUUUUUCAUUUCUUUUCAAAAUUAUAUAAGUUCUUCAAUUUAAAUAUUUUAUAAUAUUUUAUUUAAUAUUUAUUUUUUAUAAUUAAUAAUUAUAAAAAAAUUCAGUACUUUAGGGAACUAUAAAUUGUUUUAAUUUGUAUUUUUUAGAAAUGUUUUUUCAAAAAUUGAAAGAAAAGAAAAAUAUAUAUUUUUUUUUUGAGAAAAUUCGUUGAAUUCAUUUUUUAAGCGCAAAAAUAUGUACCGAAUUGUAAAGCGCUUCCAACAAUUUACGAUGUACUUAUUUGUAUAUUUUUUAAUUAGACUUAAGUUAAAUGGCAAAAAGGACUGGCUUUUUAUAAAUUUGCCAAGUCAUUGAUCUCACAAGUUAACGACAAGACACGUAAAUGAUCUCUCGAAGUGAUUAUUAUAAAUAUAUUUUCAAAUAAGCUGAACAGUGGUAGAUUCGACUCAGUUUCAGUUGAAUUUUUUUUUUUUUUUUUUUUGCCUCCUUAGUUUUUGUAUUUUCAAUAGAAAAUAGAAUUUGCCACGAUUCAAUUUGUAAAAGAAAAUCGUUAACUUAAAUCUUCCAAAAAAAGGAAUUUAAAUCUUAAUAAUUUCUUUUCUUUGCGAAAAAAAUGGGAAGAUUAAAAAAAUGUAAAUUUACUUUUAAUGAUCCAAAGUUUAAUUUGUGAUUAUAAUUAUAAAAUACUUUGAAGAAAAA